CUAAAAGGAGAUAUUUGAUUGGUUUGUGACGCCACGUCACUAAUAUACCUGGUGCAUUCUAAAAUUUUUCCAAGCAAAGGCAAAUUAAGUACCCUUUAGGAAAAUUCCUUCUCCUGGAGAAGAGAAAUAAAUAUACUAAUCUUAGGAAACAACCUUAAAAAAGCACAAAAAUAAGAGCCAAGAAUCAGAUGCUAAUCCAUUGCAAUGGGGUUUUAUCUCAACUUCUAAUGUAUAUAUUAUGUUGGACUUCCUCAAGAAACUCACUUCCAAACUUUCUUUCUAACUUGUGCUGAAAACAAUCACCUGCGCAGCCAUGGCCGAAGAAUCCGGCAGAGAUCAACCCUUUCGCUUCUGGUUUCCGUAUUUCGGGAAUCCGGCUGCGGCAGCGCCGCCGCCACCGCCGCGACCUCCGCCGCCUACUCAGCGGCAGCAGUCGCUGCCGCUGCAGCGUCCUCCAGCGCCCCGACCUUCACAGCCAGCUGCCAGAUCUCAACCCCGAUCUGCAACUCCGCGAGCAACGACGGCUCCACCACCGCCCCCGUCCCCGUCAGCUCCCACGAUGCAACCGAUCAGACGAGCCACCCCAAAUGUACCGCCUUCGCCGUCGUCAUCACCGUCACCGUCACGGGCUACUACCCGACCUAAAUCCCGGCCUACAACUCAACCAACAUCGAAGCCUCCACCGCCUUCCACGCCCCCGCCAGCAGCCGAGUCAGUGACCCAGCCGAAGCUUACGAGGGCAACGUCUCGAACCCCGUCACCGUCGUCGACAUCACCAGUAUCAGCAUUGCCAGCAUUGCCACGAAGAAAGUCGCCAGAGCGGCCUCAGCCGUUGAAACCAUCUUUGACGACAACACCACCGACAGCCGCGCCAUCUCCGCCGCCCCCCCAAAGUGCUUCUCCUCCGCAACAAUCCGACCCGCUAACUUUGCAAACUACGCCUAUCGCAACCGCAUCUCAAUCCGAAGAGUCGAAACAAGAAGCUCUUGAUCCUCAAGUAGGAGUAAAACCAACCCAAACCCCCAUAUCCGAGAAAGAGGAAGAAAAACCUAACCAAAUGGCAACCGCAUCUCAAACCGAAGAGUUGAAACAAGAAGCUCUUGAUCCUCUAGUAGGAGUAAAGCCAACGCAAAACCCGAUAUCCGAGAAAGUGGAACAAAAAACUAACCAAAUUGAAACCACAUCUCAAUCCAAAGAGUCGAAACAAGAAGCUCUUGAUCCUCUACUAGGAGUAAAGCCAGCCCAAAACCCGAUAUCCGAGAAAGAGGAACCAAAACCUAACCAAAUCCCACAAAUAGAAGAAAAGAUAGUAGUUGACAAAGAAUCUAAACAAAGCCAACAAAUGAUCAUACUCAAAGGCGAAGGAAAACACGAAGAUGAAAUACAGAGAAAACCUGUAAUAGAUCAAGGACCCAAAGAAGAAGCGAAACAUACCCAAUUUCCGCAGAUAGAAAAGGAGGCACUAGAUGAUAUAGAAGCAAAACAAAGCCCACAACACAAUAAACUCGAAGCCGAAGAAAAACACGAAACCGAUAUAGAGCCAAUACAAAGCACACAACCCACCCAAGUCCCACAAGUAAAAGAAAAGCUCGAAGAGAAAAGUGAAGAGAGAACAAAACCAACAAAACCAGUAUCCGAAGGCGAUAGUAAAGAGAUCGAGAUGCCUAAAACAAAAAAAGAAACAGAAGAAAAAGAUAAUCCAACUAACACAUUUAGCGAGUGGAAGAAGAAAAUGAAAGCAAAAGCAAAACAUAAUCCCAACCCAACUAUAAUACACAAAGAUGGAAUCAAAAAAAAUGGCGAAGAGAAUGGUUCGUGGCCAGGGGGGAAGGAGGGUGAAAUCGGCGCUUCGAAUACAACUCGUGCUUCGGCUUCUCGAGGAGGAAAAAGCAUUCAGAGAGAGGUCUCAGAAGGCAUUUCCAAACUCUUCCAGAAACUGAAUACGGAACAUGGAGAACAAGGAGCAAGUGUCGUAACAUUAGGGGGCGAAAACAAUGGCGCGACUAUGAGAGUGAAUAAUAAAGAAGGGGACUUUCCGAUGCAAAGAGGCUACAAGCUCAAUGAGAAGAAGGAUGAGGCGACCAGCGAGGGAAAAGCUAGCGGAGAGGCGGAAAUUACUAUGAAUAUCAACAGCAAUGUGCAGAGCAUCAAUAAUUCGAUACUGCACGAGAGCUCAUGUAGCGCAAAAAAUCCAGGAGUUCACUUUGUUUUCUCAAGCAAAUCAAAGAAAAAGAAUCCAUACAAAGGUGGAAGCAAAUCAAGUUGAAAGUGCCCAAAAUUGCUUAUUACUUCAACCCAACUAAAGAGCUUAUUUAUGAGCCAAGUACAAAAACUGCGAAGCAUAUAUCAAGGAACACUAAAAUAAAGAGAUGAAAAGAA